GCCGCCACACGGAUCUCUUGUGGACAAUUGAAUAUGCCGAUGUGAUGGCUGGCGAAGGCGAGAGUCCAAGCAGCUCAGCCGAGCAAGAAGUUGAGACGGCAAACUCUGCCCCGCGCGGCAAGCGAGCGAGCAACGCUUGUACGCGGUGCCGUGAACGCAAGGUGAAGUGUUCGGGAUCGUUACCGUGUGCAAAUUGCCUGCGGAAGUCAGUCGAGUGUGUCUUUGAUAAGGAGGAUCGGAAAGUUGUUGUAUCCGAGAGGUUUCUUAAUGAGCUGAAACGCAAGUCGGGAUAUGGCGUGGACGGGAAAACCUCGACUUCCCCUACAGCUAAGCGAUCUCGACGUCAUCGAUCGAUGUCGCCAGCUGAUGCUGGUUUUCGUGAUGUGGUUAAUGCAACACCAGCGCCAUUAUUGAUAGAGAUCGACCACGGAGCCUCGCUGCCGGCACAUGGUUUCAAUCUUGACGACGGCACGACUGUCGUCGGCGGUGAAGAUGACCGCGAAGAGCGCCGUGGCUUUUCUAACAUGCGGAAUCCAUUAGCAAGCGGACCAUCAAAAUUCCUCACGGACGCAACGGGUAGAAGAAGAUGGCUCGGGCCUUCGUCAACUUGGGCAUAUAGUCGACAGGUACUCAACAUGAUCCAAGGUCAUCUCGGUCAGCAUGCAUCCCCAGAGGUUCCCCUCAACGUUGAUGCCGAAGCAUUCAAGUUGGACUGGCCAUCGUCCAGAGACGUCAUCCCGCAAGCCACAGUCGACAUUCCGUCUCUAGAUUACGCUCUAUAUCUUACAAACACAGUCAAGUUCCAUCUUGGGCAAACAUACCAUCUCUUUGACGAGGAAAGCUUCAUGACUGGGCUUUACGAUUUAUACAGAAGAGGGCCGAAGCUGGAACCAACAGCAGGUUCCAGAUUAUGGUAUAUCCAGUUUCUAAUGAUCAUGGCUUUCGGCAAGGCUCUCUUAGUCCCUGGAAACCCAAAUCAGACUCCUCCUGGAAGCAGUCUGGUGACGAGGGCUCUCGAGCUGCUUCCUGAUGUCCAUGGAUUGUAUCAAGACCCUGUACUGUCCGUGGAGAUUCUAUGCAGUCUUGCUCUAUACCUGCAGUCUGUAGACCACAGGAAUAGCGCUUACACCUACAUCGGCAAUGCAUUUCGAAUCGCUGUUUCUCAGGGUCUACACCGAGAGCCAUUGAAAAGCUUGGUCAAUGACAACGAAGCUAACAGACUCCGUUGCGUCUGGUGGACUCUUUAUAUCCUAGAUCGGAAGAUGUCGUCACUUAUGGGGGCCCCCAAUUCGAUACAAGAUAGCGACAUAACUGUUCAACUACCAAGAUCCGACCCAGUGGUUCACAAGUACAAGGCACUGGGCAUACACGUUGUGUUAUCUCAGCUGCUUGCCAAAGUUCUGAACACUGUGUAUGGUGUGGAUGGGAAGCUUGACCCAUCGUUUUUGAAGAGCGUACAAGAAGUUUUGAGAGACAUGGCAAGGCUGGCUCCGCAGCUUACGGCUGGGUUCGAGUUUAAGUUCAAUAAUUCGGAACCUGCUUCAAGGGUGUCUGCUACACUCAACUUGUGUUAUCACCAGUGUGUUGUUCUUGCAACUCGCCCGCUUCUCUUGUGCCUCCUACAAGACGUUCUAGGAAGGCAGGGAAAUCCGAACAGAGGCCUUGCGAGCCCAAUCAAAGCGCUGUUGAAGACAUCCUCAGACUCAGCAAAUAAAUCACUCCAGAUCUUGUCAACAUUACAGUCACAACACCUAUUGGAAUCUUUCCUCCCCUUUGACUUGGAGCAAGCAUUCUCGUCGGCUUUUGUCCUCACUUUGAUGACCUCCAUGCCUGGCCUUCCCGAACGAGACAACGAAUAUAUGCAAACCACAACUGAUAUACUCGCCCCCAUGAUUGCGCGCGGGAACGUAGUAGCCCGGUUCCGAAAAGAAGAACUCGAGAAGCUCCAAGAGAUACUACGCCUCGCCCAACGUCAACUUCACGCUCCACCGUCAGCUGCUGGUCAUGGCAGCAACAGCAUGCAAAACGAGGAUCAGACUUCACGGCGUAUCAACGUUGGAGACCUGCCAUCAUUUAAUACUGAACAGCCUACAGAAGCCGGUCCAGCAACUGGCAGUACAGCGAAUGGGCUCGCUUCUGAACAAAUGCUAUCAAUAGCGGGCUUGCUCGACUGGGAGCCAAACAUGGCCGCUUUCGACGAUGAUCAACUCGCGGGGAGUUGGUUGUGGACGGAGGCGAUUGCGCCGGAUUUUGACUUUAGUGGGGGCUUAAUGUGAUUGAUAGACGGGUUGCCAGACUGAUCCUCGGAUGUGUGCUUCCAAAAUCAGGUUUCUAGGAAUCAAGACAACUUACUAAAGUAGGCUUGAGGAGGAAAGACACAUGUCAGAGAGGGUCGGAUUCGCAGAUAAAGACAAUCUAAUCCUGUGGGGUAAUCGUUCGAUCAUUGACGACUGGACCAACAGCCAGCUACAACAGGUAGUCCCAUAUGCAAGUGGUAGCGGAGGCGCCAGGGGAAACCUUGCAAGAGGCGGAAAAGCUAGCUGGACUUCAUACUUGGAUGGCGAGACCCUUAUCAACUGAACUCGAAUAAGACUCCACAACAUUCCUGGUCUCC